UGUCAGUCCUCAUACAUCCGGGCUUAUCCGUUGCUACGAUAUAACCCUGUGCCGUGGCAGAUCUGGUCGUCUGUCAGGAGUAAUUUUUCAGAAUACCAGGAGAAGGGCACACCUAAGCCUCACAAUGGGAAACCUGCUGUUCUCCACAGGUCUCUUAAGGACUGAUGCAACCAAGUCGGAUCAAGUCAGCGGAGGAUGUUUUACAGCCAGAACGAUCUGCAGUGGUAUAACCUAUUACUACACUCCGUUCACUGGUGCUGGGUGUGAGGCAGAAUGUCCUGCCAAAGAUUUUCAAACCUCUGCAGCUUCCUGCCCCAUUUCACCCUCUGCAGAAGUCUCAUCUUCUACACUGGUCUCAGAUUCACCUUCAAACACAUCUGUCUCCUCCCAAAACCAAUCGUACUCUGCCUCCACCUCCCGUCCACUUCUUCUUUUCUUCUCCUGGCUUGGAGCCCAACCAGGGGGAGUGGCUAAGUACAGGGACCUUUAUCUGGACCGUGGCAUGGAUGUCCUCCUGGUUCAGAGUAGUGUAAUGCACUUCCUGUGGCCUCGAUGGGGGCUCAAGUAUGGACUGAAGGUUUUGAAAAUUCUGGAGGAGCCUCAGUUCACAGACAGGGUGGUGCUGGUUCAUGCUUCCUCCAUUGGUGGCUUCACAUUCACUCAAAUCCUCACCCACAUUGUUCAAGACCCGAAAAAACACGCAGGCCUGGCACAGAGGAUGAUAGGGCACGUCUAUGACAGCUUAGUGGUUGGCACUCUGGAGCACAUGGCGAUAGGCAUCGGCAAAACUCUGAUGCCACGUUUGGAGUGCUUCAUCAAAAACAUGGCCAUGCUGUACUUCUGGCUUUUCAAAACCCACACGGCAGACUUCUAUGAGACCAGCAUCCAAGUUUUCCACAACAGCCCAGUUACUGCUCCAGCUCUGUUCUUCUUCAGUGAAAAUGAUGCAAUGUGCAACACGGCAGUGCUGGAAAAGCUGAUUGACUUCUGGAGAAAGAGGGGAGUGACUGUGCACAGCAGAAAGUGGAAGAAGUCGAUCCACGCGGCCCACUUGCGAUGUCACCCAGAUGAUUAUCUCUCCACUCUGCAACACUUCUUGAACUCGCUACCCAUUUCCUCCUGCAAAAAAACAAUGUAAACAACUGAGAAAGUGAAGAUAUGUUAAACAUAAGAUGCAUUGUGAUUUGCAAGUGAAUGCACUUUGAUAUUUUUAUUUAUUUUUUUUUCUUUAUCAAUAUUAGUAGAGAAAAUAUUUUCUCCUUCUUUUAAAUAUUCUGUUUGAUUUUGUUGUUUGUUAUUUAAAACAUUAACUUAUGUUAUUUGCCCCUGAGUGCUUAUGUCCUGUAGCAUUUAUUUAAAAACCAAACUAAAAAGCUUUGGUUGAUAAACUGU